GAAGAAGAUGAAAAAUGAAGAUGAGAUAGAGAUUGAAGUCAUUGAUUUACUAGGACAAGCUUUCAAGCCUUGUUAGAGAAAAAGGAACCUUCAAGCCGGCGAAGAAGAAGAAGAAUGGCGGAGGAGAUAAAGGUGGCGGUGGAAGUAGUGGAGGCUAGUGACUUACUUGCAAAGGAUGGCCAAGGCUCUUCCAAUCCUUACGUGGAAGUGGAGCUCGCCAGACAACGGCAACGCACUGCCACCGUCUUCAACUCCCUCAACCCUUCUUGGCAUCAAACCCUAGUUUUCUCCAUUCUUGAUCCCUCCUCCCUCUCCGACCUCUUCCUUGACCUCUCCGUCUUCCAUGAUCCUCAUCCCUCCUCCACCUCCACUCGCCGCCACCACUGCCUUGGCCACCUCCGCCUCUCCGCUGCCUCCUUCUCCCCUUCCCCCUCCUCCGCUCCUCUCCUUCGCUUCCCUCUUGAUAAGCGCUCCUUCUUCUCUAGCGUCCGUGGGGAUCUUUCUCUUCGCCUCUAUUUUCUCCCCACAGCCACAGCCACAGCCACCGCCACCGCUAACGGCAACGGGCAUGCCGUGCCGGAGAAGAAGGAGAAGGGGAUGAAGAAGGAGAAGAAGGAGAAGGAAACGGCGAGGGUUUUCCAUUCAAUUCCCACUGAAUCUGUAGAUCAAGCGAAGAAUGCCCCCGCUCCGGCGCCGGUGAAGAUGACCUUCAACGCGGUGCAAUCGGCUCCACCACCACCGCCGACUGUGAUCCUCCCAAUGCCCGUCCGGCCACCUCAAUCGGAGUAUGCCCUAAUCCCGACCACCCCGCCGAUUGCCGGCCGAUUAGGGUACCGUGUCGCCAAGGAUAAGAUCUCGACGACCUACGAUCUCGUCGUCCAGAUGCAAUUCCUCUACGUGAACGUCGUGAAAGCUCGAGCUCUCCCGAACAUGGACAUUACCGGAAGCCUGGAUCCCUACGUCGAGGUCAAGCUCGGGAACUAUAAAGGCGUCACCAAGCAUUUUGAGAAGAACCAAAACCCUAUUUUCCGUCAGAUCUUCGCCUUCUCCCGAGAUCGUCUCCAAGCCGAUCGCGUCGAGAUCACCGUCAAAGACAAGGACACCAUCAAAGACGACCUCGUCGGCAAGAUCCACUUCGAUCUCACCGACGUCCCGGUCCGUGUCCCGCCGGACAGCCCUCUCGCUCCUCAAUGGUACCGAUUAGAAGACAAGAAGGGCGAGAAACUCAACCACGGCGAGCUCAUGCUCGCUGUCUGGAUCGGAACUCAGGCCGACGAAGCCUUCCCGGAAUCCUGGCACUCCGACGCUCACUCCAUCUCUCACGACGGCCUCGCCAACACCCGUUCCAAGGUCUAUUUCUCCCCCAAACUCUCCUACCUUCGCGUGCACGUCAUCGAAGCUCAAGAUCUCAUCCCUUCCGACAAAUCCCGCACUCCCGAACCCUUCGUCAAGCUCCAGCUCGGCACUCAACUCCGCCGCACUCGUCCUGCCCCAAUCCGCUCCGCCAACCCCACCUGGAACGAAGAACUGAUGUUCGUCGCCGCCGACCCCUUCGACGAACCUCUCAUCCUCUCCGUUGAAGACCGUCUCGGCCCCAAUAAAGACGAAACUCUUGGCCGUCUCGCCAUCUCCAUCCUCGGCCUCCCUCAACGCCUCGACUCCUCCCGCCCCAUCCCCGCCAAAUGGUACAACCUCCUUGAUCCUUUCACCGACCUCGACGAAGACAAGAAGAAAUCCCGCAAAUUCUCCAGCAAGAUCCAUCUCCGCGUCUUCCUCGAUUCCGCCUAUCAUGUGCUCGACGAAAGUACUCACUACAGCAGUGACCUCCGUCCCACUUCCAAGCUCCUCCGGAAACCAAGCAUCGGCCUUUUAGAGCUCGGCAUCCUCGACGGCCGCAACCUCACCGCCACUAACGCCUACUGCGUCGCCAAGUACGGCCCCAAAUGGGUCCGCACCCGCACAAUCCUCAACUCCCAAUCCCCUCUCUGGCAUGAGCAAUACACCUGGGAAGUGUUCGACCCUUGCACCGUCAUCACCAUCGCCGUCUUCCACAACAGCCAUGUCUCCAAUGCCAAGUCCGACGCUAAAGAUAACAAGAUCGGCAAGGUUCGCAUUCGUCUCUCCACUCUUGAAGCUGAUCGGGUCUACACUCAUUACUAUCUCCUCAUCUUGCAAACUUCCGGCCUCAAGAAAACCGGUGAGCUCCAUCUUGCUAUUCGCUUCACUUGCACCAAUUUUGCCAAUAUGAUCACCCUCUAUGGCAAACCAUUGCUGCCCAAAAUGCACUAUACUAUGCCGAUAUCCGUCUUGCAUUUGGAUUAUCUCCGGCAUCAAGCAAUGAUCAAUGUCGCCUUGAGGCUUGGCCGUGCCGAGCCACCUUUGCGGAGGGAAGUUGUUGAAUAUAUGCUUGAUGUUGAUUCGCAUAUGUUUAGUCUUCGGCGGAGCAAGGCAAAUUUCUCCCGUAUUACUUCUGUGUUGUCUAGUUUCGGUGCGGUGGUUAGGUGGUUUGAUGCAGUUUGCAAGUGGAAGAAUCCAGUGACAACAAUUCUUGUUCAUGUUUUGUUCUUCAUACUAGUUUGCUUCCCGGAGUUAAUCCUUCCGACUGUUUUCCUCUACUUGUCCAUGAUCGGUCUUUGGAACUAUCGGUUUAGGCCGAGGCAUCCUCCGCACAUGGAUACUAAGCUCUCAUAUGCGGAAUUUACCAACAGCGAUGAGCUUGAUGAGGAGUUUGACACAUUUCCGUCAACUAAGUCAUCGGAGAUUGUAAGAUAUCGGUAUGACCGUUUGAGGAGUGUGGGCGGGAGAGUGCAGACCGUUAUCGGAGAUCUAGCAACACAGGGUGAGAGAGCGCACGCCAUAUUAAGCUGGAGAGAUCCCCGUGGCACGUCGAUAUUCAUAAUGCUCUCAUUGAUCGUCGCCGUGUUCCUCUACGUGACGCCGUUUCAGGUGGUGAUGGUGAUUGUCGGACUUUACCUUCUCCGGCACCCUAAAUUUAGAAGCAAGAUGCCUUCUGUGCCAUUCAAUUUCUACAGAAGAUUGCCUGCCAAGUCUGACACGCUUCUCUGAGCAUUCAUUCAGCAAUGUUGUGAGUUGUGUGUGCAUACACAAAACCAAACACUUUGUUGUGUCAAGUCAGUAUAUACCUACAUAUUGUUUGAUUACUUCUUCAGUUCUUCUCUGGAAGGAAAGUUUUGAUCAGAUUCAGAUGAACACUGGCUUUUCCUUCCAUUAUUUAUUUAUUUCUUUUAUUUUUGGGUACUAUUUUGGUGUAUAAUUUGGUUAUAGAUAUUAUUUUAGAAAAAUAAAUUGAAUGGAGGAUAAAAGAUUUAGGUGCUGCUGUUUUGGAUUCCA